GGGAGGCGGGAAGGCGGCUCCUCUCUCUCUCCCUAAUGGCGCUCGCGACAGCUGUGGAGCGCGGCUGAGCCGAACGCGCGGAGACACUGACCGACGGAAUGUUCCCAAUUGCUACAUAAUCCGCCUCUGGAGCGCGGCGCCUCUCUCCGUUCUGUUUCCCCGCCCCGCUUCUCCUCCGGGCUCCGAGCGGCGCUGCCCCGGGGUGGAGGCGGCAUCCCCAGCCCCCGGGCAAUGGAGCCCGCGCAGCGGCGAGCGAGAGAAGCUCUGGCGGCGGCGCGGAGCAGUGGCGGCUCGGAGCAGCAGGGCAGCUCCCCAGCCGAGAGGACCCGGGAUACGCCGAGCACCGAGAGUAGCGUGGAGCAGCCGGGCGGCGCAGAGGCCGGGCAGCGAGAAGGCAAAGCAGCUGGGGGGCCGCGGAGGAGGCGAGGGGCUGCUGGAGGCUUCACUCCCCACGCUGCGCUGGUGGCCAACGGGACUCAGGCUGCUCCCGGCCGGGGCAGCAGCGCCAACUCCCUGCUGCUGAGGAGGGGGAGGCUGAAGAGGAAUCUUUCUGCUGCUGCCGCCGCCGCCGCCGCCUCCUCCUCUUCCCCGGCUGCCCCUUCCUCGCUUGGCACCCGCAGCUUGGACAGGAAAGCGCUGCUGCUGAAGCCGCCCCGGCAGCUGCAGCCACUGCAGCCGCCGGAGCGGGACUGGGUGCGGCGGGACCUGCAGCGGGGCUGCGUCCAUGUCUACGAGCGCCACAUGUCCUAUCUUCGCCCGGUGCUCUGCACGCUGGAGACCACGGCGGCCGAGGUGGCGGCCCGGCUGCUACAGCUGGGCCACAGGGGGGGCGCCGGUGUGGUCCGGGUGCUGGGUAGGGCGAGCUCGCAGCCCCAGCAGGAGGCGGCAGCAUUCCCGGGGGAGACGCUCUCCGGUGCCGUGGCUGUAGCAGACCUGGGCAGCCUGACACCGCCCGACCCCCCGCCUGCAAGGCAGCAGCGGCCGGAGCACGAUGAGAGGCCGAGAAGCCGCCGGGGGACACGGCACGAGUUGGCCCGGCAACCGCCGGGGGACAACUGGGAGGCGGCCCGACCCGGCCGCCUGGCACUGAGUGACAGCGCUGGGGAGAGUAGCUGGGCAGAUCCCCGGCCGAGUCCCUCGUCCUCCGACUUCAGUCCCAGGGCGCCGCCGCCCGCCGAGCUCUACCUGGCUGGGCCGCCGCUAUCCUGCCCCUCCCUCCUGGGCGAGCUGGGGCUGGUGGGCUCCGACACCGAGAGCUUCAGCCUCAGCCCCAGCGCGGAGAGCGUCUCCGAUCGCCUGGACCCCUACAGCAGCGGCGGCGGCUCGUCGUCCUCCGAGGAGUUGGAGGUGGAUUCCGCUGCGCCAGCCGGAGAGGGGGCAGGUGUGGGCCCGGGCAGGAGCCAUCACCAGCCGGGCGAUUUCCCCUCGAUGCUCCCCCUUCCGCGAACAGGGCGUGCGGGAGAAGAGCGCCCCGGGGUAGGGAUGGCUGCGGCAGCCCCUGCCGGCUCCAAGGUGCCUCAUUUAAAAGGAGAGGCGAGCGCCUCGUCUCCCCUGCCCCCGGCCUUGUAUGUGCAGUUCCACGGGGAGAUCAGCCGCCGGCUGGAGGCACACGAGAAACCCCUGCAGAUCCAGAACGACUACCUGUCCCAGCUGGGUUUCCGGGACCUGUGGAGGGUACAGGAGGAGGGCAUGGACUCCGAGACCGGCUGCCUCAUCCGCUUCUAUGCAGGAAAGCCCCACAGCACUGGCAACUCUGAACGGAUUCAGCUCUCAGGAAUGUACAAUGUACGAAAAGGGAAAAUGCAUUUGCCAGUCAACAGAUGGACAAGACGCCAAGUUAUCCUUUGUGGGACGUGCCUAAUCGUAUCAUCAGUGAAAGAAAGCCAAAUUGGAAAGAUGCAUGUUCUCCCUCUAAUUGGUGGAAAAGUGGAAGAAGUGAAAAAGCACCAGCACUGUUUAGCAUUUAGUUCCUCUGGACCUCAGAGCCAGACCUAUUACAUUUGUUUUGAUACCUUCACGGAGUAUUUACGGUGGCUUCGACAAGCAUCCAAGGUUGCAUCGCAGCGCAUAAGCUCAGUGGAUCUCUCAUGCUGCAGUCUGGAGCAUCUGCCUGCCAACCUCUUCUACAGCCAGGACCUCACUCAUCUCAAUUUAAAACAGAACUUCCUGAGGCUAAACCCCAGCCUGUCAACAACUAGAGGGCUUAGUGAACUACAGAGGUAA